AUGUUUCCGCAGUCGCUCAGCUAUUUUCCGAAUCUUGGAAUUAAUUUCGAAUUACCCACGUUCUCUCUAGACGAUCUUCGCGAAGAUAUUGUACAGAAUGCUCCACUUUUAUCAUUGGGUGAUGAAAAUUUAGACAGAAUUUUGUCAUAUGUUCCGCUUAAAGAGCGAUUGAAUUUUGGAAAAGUUUGCAAAAAAUUUAACGAGUCUGCGAAGCGUACGAUUAAAUCGAUAGCAUUUUUUCGCGAUGGACUCGAUCAUGUAGAUGAUGCGAAAAUCGCAUAUUUCCUUUCCAAAUAUGGACAACAAAUUGAAUAUUUAAACUUUGAUCUUUUCAGAUCAACAAGCCUCAAAGAGUUUUCUCAAUGGGCCUGGAGGCAAUCAGUAAUUCAAUCGAUUCAAAAAUGUACAAAUUUACGUCAUCUCGACAUUCUGAUCUGCACCAGGCAUAGAUUGAGAGAUGGCGAUCUUAAUGUGAUUUUCAAAAGUUGUCCGCACCUCGAAACACUGAAAAUGGAUGGACAGUAUAUAAUUGGUCACUCAUUCACGAAAGCUCCGGUGUCCCUUCGCCAUUUGGAAAUCGAGCAAUGCUAUCGAUUCGUGAAAUAUUUCUUCCUUGUCGUUUGUUCAAGAUUGAGAAAAUUGAAGGUACUUCACGUCUCACAAUUGACGAUUCUCGAUGAAAAGGGCGUCCUCGAAAAAAUGACAGAUAUUCUGAAGAAUGUCGAAGAGCUUUCAAUUGUCGGCGAUGCCUCGAAAAACUACAAUCCGUGCGCAUUGUCCGACAUUCGCAAAAUGGGCAAACUCAAAACGCUAUGCCUCGAGGGUUUGAAUUUGGUCACCGACAAAUUUCUUGCCGAACUCAGCGAUCAUGUGAAAUCGCCGGCCGCCAAAUGUAUACAGAGUAUUUCGCUAGCAUAUUGUAAAAAUAUUAGCUCUACGGGUAUCUCCAAACUAGCCGGAAUGGAACGUUUGAGAAAUUUGAAUCUUGACGGAAUUCUACGGGACAUCUCAUUGGGAAUAAUGGCACAUCGAAAACUCGAACGCCUAUUUCUUUCUGAUAACACGCUCGUCGACGAAGCCAGCGUGUUGACGAUGGUGCAGAAUAACUCGAAUUUGAGAUUGUUGGACACUUCGAACAAUUUGAAUUUGGCCUCACCCAUGUUCGGCCAAGCGAUUCUCGAAAAGGCGACGUUCGCGUUCAGAAGCGCGAAACUCAUCAUUCUCACCGAUUUGGACGGAAUUUGGACGCACGCGUUUCCCGAAUAUCUUCAGCGGGAUGUUCAAGUCGUUCAUCUGUACCGGCAUAUGCUGCCAUAUUUGCCGGGAAAUUCGGUCAUUUCGAUUGAAGCGCCCCAUCAGCUGCCCGAUGGCGUGUUGAUGCCGAAUUUGAGGCGCGGCAAUCGAUUCCGAAUGCUGCAGGGAAACAAUUUGGUGAAAGUCGAGCCGAUGAUUCCAGACGAUUCGGAAAACCAAUUUUGGUCGGAGAUUAUGACGAACUUCUCGUCGAACGCGGCGCUUUUCAACGAGCAAGCGAUUCAAGAGCUCAACAUGCUCAACGCGUUCGCUCCGAUGAAUCAACAACACUUGCACACGUUUGACACAUUCCGACCUGACACCGAACAUCUACUCAAUAUGCUCACAUUAGGCUCCGGUGGGGCUCCGCGUCCGCCAACAACGCAGGACGAGAAUGUUGCACCGAUUGUGGUGCAAAAAUAUCGACGCGAGAAUCGCGCCAAACGAAGCAACGAGAAGAAGAAGCGAGAAUCGCGGACGACGACGACGGCUGCACCGAAAGCCUCGAAACCUCCAGUGUUCACUGACGCCGAUUUUCCGCCGUUGUGCUAA